AUGAUCUUGGCAGGGGGCAUCCACCAAGGCUUAGUCCCAGAGCGCAACCCAUGGGCGGUCCCAGCCGCGUAUGGCGGUCUUGCCUACGCUCCUCGUCCCUCUGGCUCCCUCGUCACUCUCGGCGUCUUUGGUCAUACGCUUGAGAAUUUGACCGUAAAUCUGCUUGACCAUAUCCCCGAUGCGUAUAUCGGGAUCACCCUCAAGGAUGUGCUUAAUCACGAUCUCAUUCGCAUGGUUGCGGUCUUAUUCGUGUGCUACGUUCUGCGCAUUAUUGCUGACGAAGAGGCCCGAGCUGCACAACGAAGUGGGGGUGAGGCAAGCGACGAUAGCGACGAGCAAGGACACGACGACGACAAAGAAGCAGAAGAAGAGGAAGAGGACGAAGAGGAGGAAAGCGAUCGUGGCAGCGAUAUGAACAGCACCGCACGUAGCUCACGGUCAGCACGGUCAGCACGGUCAGGCGAGUCAGAAGACGACGCCGGAAGCAACAACAGCAGCAGCCGUCGCCCGCAGCGCAGGAAGAAAAAGACAGACUACAUGAUGGAUGCACGUGAGCUGUUCUGUUGGCAGGGCUCGCAGCGCUUGCGGGCAAUGCAGCUAUGGGCCGCUUUGGAAGGUGGCGAUUGA